CACAAAAAGGUGACCGCUCAGGCAUCACAAAUGACAACUCCCCCACAGCAGAGCCGCGCUCCCCCCUGUCCUCGCCAUCCCGCAGCAACCUGGAGGAGAGAGAGCGCAACUACAUCACUGCCCCUGCCUCCUCCUCACAGCGUUGGUCGCGAUCCAUCCCCUCUCCUCCUCCUGUACCAUAACAGAUGGUGGGAACAACAUUGCAUCCACCGGGUACCACAACAAUAGACCGCAGCAUCCAGUCCAGACAGCGCUGGCCUCGCACCAUCAUGCUCCUUGUGCAGGACUGCGUGAGGCUCUGAGUGCCGUCGUGAUUCAUUUCACGCGGUACCAGCACCACCACCACCACCACGGCCACGGAGGAAGCUUCUUGCGACUGUUUGGGCUCUCCAUCGAGCGGGGAAGAUGGCCGCUAUGAAAAUAUUAACAGGCACGGGGCUCUUCUUGGCGUUUUGCGCGCUCGGGCUGCUCGCCAUGGCGAUCUGCACCGACUACUGGUACGAGACCGACGCGCGGAGGCACCGGGAGAGGUGUAAAAACUAUGCCAACAAGCGAAACGACCCGGGCUACAUCUACAUUUCCAACCACAACCUCCCCCUCCAGAUGCCUCCAAAGAGCCUGGAGAGGAAAGGUAACGGCCCAGAUGCUGGAGCGCUCAUCAGGGGGAAGCGGCACUUCCUGGCCGCAGCGUCUGCCAUGGAGUCCCACUGCAGCCGGCAGUUUAACUCCACCAUCUCCGGGCUGUGGAGGAAGUGUCACCGGGAGGGCUUCGACCUGGAGACCGAGGACCUUAUUCAUAAAGGCAUAAUUCAAAGAUGUACCCCAGUCAAGUAUCACUACUCUUCGUCCAUCCUGCCACGACAUUUACCCAUCAACAUCACAAAGACCAUACGACAGGACGAGUGGCACGCACUCCAUCUAAGAAGAAUGACGGCCGGCUUCGUGGGCAUGGCCGUGUCCAUCAUUCUCUUUGGCUGGAUCAUUGGAGUGCUGGGAUGCUGCCAGCAGCAUGACCUCAUGCAAUAUGUAGCUGGGCUACUCUUUCUCAUGGGAGGAACAUGCUGCAUCAUCUCCUUGUGCACAUGUGUGGCAGGGAUCAACUUUGAGUUGUCCCGCUACCCACGCUACAUGUACGGCCUCCCUGAGGACAUUAGCCAUGGCUAUGGCUGGUCCAUGUUUUGUGCCUGGGGGGGCCUCGGUCUCACAUUGCUGGCUGGCUUCCUCUGCACCUUGGCCCCCUCCCUGAGCACGCCAACUCGCACUACGACCCACAAGCCGAGGCAGGAGAAUGGAACCGUGUGACAGAGGUGCCGCGAAGUGACCGACCCACCGAACGCACAAACCACACCCUUCCAACCUUGAUGUUUAACUCUGAAACAGUUUUUGUCUGAUCACCAUCUCACACCACCCUCGACAUCUCCAUCUCCCCUUCAGUGUUCAGUGUGCCUGAGAAGGAGCAAAGCAACAACAAACUUCACACACCCAAUCUCGAGAAAUCCCCGAGGGACCUCCAGGAACACCAAACGUAUCACCCACAGUAACAUACGUCUGGGCCAUGGCUCUCAUAGCACAAAUAAGACAUUUUUUUGGUUCCGAUGUUUGACAUGCUGACUCUAAAGGUGACUGUUUUCUCUGAAGAGAAUUUGUCUUAAAAUGGUGCUCUCUUAAAUACAUAAAAUACAGUCCCACACAAAACACACACACACACACACACACACACACACACACACACACACAUACACACACACCAGCACAUGGUUUUACACACACGCUCAAUUACUCCGAAUGAUUCAUGGGAGAAAUCCUCUAAAAGGAUCAAACACACAGACAUCAAGCCAGAGCAUCAUGUCAGCAUUCCUCUUUCAGUCGAGUGAUGUGUGCUGUGUUAUCGUUCGUAAUGAAAAAAAAAAAAAAGAAGAAAUCUGGCAUUGACUGCCCAUCGCUUAUUUGUAGUGUAGCACACUAACUGAUAUCAAACAUGAGCCCCGGGAGUAACGUCUGCAGCCUCUGCAGAGCACAAAAUGCAUCUAGCAAGCGCCAGUCAGUGCGGUAAAACACACAGAAGUCGAUUUGCAUUGAAAAGCAAAUUGUUUCUUCUUUAAAGAUUCUAUAUGUAAAAAUGCAUCUCUGUGUAGAUCCAGAUCAUCAUUUGUGUAAAGUAGAUUUUGAAUAAGAAUGUUUGUUUUCUGUCUGGUAAGAGGUAAUGAUGGCUGACAGGGUGGAGAGGAUAAAGAGUUAGAGGAUGGUGCUCAGAGCACGAAUCCAUAAUUGGAUUCAGCAACAUUAAGGUAUUUUGUUGUACCAAACUGACAAACCCGACCCGCCUGUUUACUGAAAGCUGAGUCAUAACCUGACAAAAGCAAAAAACACAAAGCCAAACUGUGAAGGAGGUAUUAAAACGCUCCAUUGUUUACCCUCAAUAUCGGUCAGCAUUUUUUUGUGUAACAUGAGCAACUUCAGUGAUCCCACUAAACAUGAAAAAGCACAAGCUGCGUCCCAGAGCCUCUCCUAGUACAACAAUAUAGUGACAUCCACAUUGUUAGAGGGCAAUCGUGUCCGAGAUGAAAUGUGGCUCAGUUACAGCUGAAAAAUCAAUGAAACAAGCACAAUAUGAAAAAAAAUGUAUGUAAUAGACAUCAUUAUCCCACAACGCAGCACACAAUGGAAAAAGGCGCUCCUCACUCAGAUUUAUGUUGAGCAGAUGUGGACGUGGUGCAGUGGUGUCAUGGAAAACAAAACAGAAACAAAAAUGAAAAAAAACAAAAAAAAAACGAAAGUAAAGAUGAAGUAAUAAGUCCAUAUAACAUGAUUCAAAAUUCACAGGUCUGACUGAUCUUAAGGACACAUAUUGAUUGCGUACUGACUUAAGAAACGGUACAUGUUAUGUAGUGUGCGAUAGGAACAUGGAAAUCAUUACAUUUGUCUCCCACUCUUAUGAAUCAAUUGUUGGAUUAAAAAAAUGCCUCCAAACCUGGUUGUGGAAAAAAGCACAAAAUAGUCAUUUAGAAAGACUCUUGACUUAAGUGAUGUACGUUAGAAGCUGUAUUCCAAAAACACACUGUGUACUCAUUUUGGUUUUUGAUAACUAAGAUUACAAAAUGAUGUAUACUUAAAGGUACAGUGUGUAGGAUUUAGUGGCGGUGAUCCCUCAUCUUAGCCUUCCCUAUGAUGGCCGCUUAUGAAAGAGCCAGUGUUUGGUUUGUCCGUUGUGGGCUACUGUAGAAACACAGUGGUGCAACAGAGAACAGCGCCAGGCUUUGAAGCUAGCAUCUGUAGUGGCCACACAGUGCAAUUACAGCAAGACUGCUUCCCAUACUUGAGAUUUUUUGGCUUUAUGCGUCACAGAGCAGCUUUCUGUUGAAUGAACCGGGCUCUGCCUCCAAAGCUGCAUCCAGGUAUCACUAUACGUCCAUGAAGAGGUCCCACUCCCUUUGUAAAUAUCAAACAUCUCAUUCUAAGCUAAUGAAAUUACAAUGAUUCUUAGGUUUGAGAUGAUAAUUAUGAAUAGUAUACUCCAUUUAUGCCCCUGAAUCCUAAAUCCUACACAGUGGACCUUUAAAAUCACACGUAUUCAUGGACACUAUGGACUAACAAUGUCUAGUAUUGGACCGGGCCGUGUGAAACAGGGUUUAGCAGGUAGGACUUUGCUGAGUGGAAAAGAAGAUGGAUGAUAAUAACACAGCAGCCAGUUUUCUGUCAUGCAGAUUCAUUCCCCCCUACCCCGAAUCAUUAGAGCUGAUUUUGAAGUCUUCAAGCGUACUUCAACUCCAUGAUCGAGAAUAUUACAGCCAUGUGUGAUGAAGUUUUUAUAAAUGUUGAUUGCUGGAGAUGAGUCAUGAGAUAUUCUAUCAGCUAUGUCAAAUAACUUUCUUAGAAAAAAAACAAACAACGGUGUUAUAAUGUGUAUUGACGACACUGUGCGUGAUGUUCGGUCCUUUCACCAUCACCAUUAACCUCCUCGCGAGGCUACCACUUUUCAGAAGUCGAGGAUAUUAACUGAGGCAUGAUUGAAAAAAAACUGUAUCUUCAGUGUCUUGUUGAAUCUUUGCACUUUGCUGGGUCUCAUAAAAAGUCUGUGAACCUGAAGUCUGAGCAGGUGGAGUUAUACAUAAUAUGUUUGUAAGGCCACAUACAGGAGCAAAAGAUGACCAGAGCAUGUAAUAAGCACCCUGUUGUGUCUUACAAAGAGUUUGGGUUUUAUACCAUGUUGUGUGUUUAGGGUCAGUUGGUCGAGGCUCUUAUUGUGAAAAUAUUUAUGCCAGAAACACGGACGUACCAUAAAUAUAAAACCAUUUAUAUCUAUGGUCACUGCACUGACGGUUGAGUCAGUGUAUUCUCUGAUGUCCUGCGACUCACAGAAUGCUGUUUGGUGUUUUGGUUUUAUAGAAAUUUUAAGUUCACACCCAAACUACACAGUAAUAUGAGUAUUACUGUCAGCGGUAACCUGUAAUGUAUAAGUACAUGACGCAAGUAUAGUAUGUGUUAGGACUGAAGCACAAUUGCACACAAAUCUUACAAGUAUUUUGUGUAUUAUAGGUGGUAAAAUCUGACUUUUUCCAAUACUAAUGUUCCACCACUGCACAUGUGCAGGACUUUGUCAAAAAAAAAAGAAGUAUUACAAGCAAAAAAUGUAAAAGCAUAAACAUGUUUACACCCCCAUAGCUUAAACUGCAAAUUUCAAGAAGACAGACACACAUUUUUUAAAGCGACAGCUCACCCCGAAAUCAAAAACACACAUUCUUCCUCACACCUGUUGUGUUUUUUUUUUUUUGUUUUUUUUUUUUCAUCUUGAUCAUUCUGGUGUCGGUUUCAGAGUUUUGUAGAUAUUGGCUCUAGACAUGUCUGCCCUCUCUUGAAUGUAAUGGAACUAGAUGGCACCUGACUUGUGGUGCACGUUUGAAAAAACUCAACAGCAAUGUCUCCUUCGAGAAACCAUGUUCCAGUUAGUCCAGAGGAUUCAGAGACCCUGUCAGCAGUUUCAUGUAGUGACUUUUUUAAUGUAUCCCCUCUCAAAAGGAAAUUUGCAAAUGUGCGAGCACAUUUCUGCUUUGGCAAUAUUGUUCAUAUAAUCUCCAUGUCAAUAAAGCACCUUUGAAUUGAACUGAAUUGAACUGAAUACAAAAAAUGGCUAUGCAAUGACAGGCAACCACUCACUCGUCUAGAAUAUUUUUCUGGAAAUGUAAUCAUAAAUUCACAGUUUUAAUGCUGUUGCGUGUGGUUUGUCUGCGUGUUGUUGCCAUAGCUAGUUGGAGGCUAGCUAACUUAGCCAGCUAACGUCACAACUCAGUCAAAGGGGAUGACAUUAACAUUUACAUUAAGCACAGCACGUGCAUCUGCGUAAAUGUCAGAUGUACACUUCUUUUUGUGCAGGAAUUAAGAAAACACAAAAUAGUUCACAUCAAGGUCUGUGGAUUACCUUACUGAGUGCCAUCUAGUUCCAUCAUAAUGGAGAGAGGGCAGACAUCUUGUCAGCUGAUAGCUCCCAAACUCAGCAACUCACAUCAGAACUACAUGGAUAAAAACCUCUACAGGUCAGAGGAAGAAUAUGCUUUUUUGAUUUCAGGGUGAACUAUCCCUUUAAAAAAAACUAAGAUUUUGUCAUUGAUUGGAUUGAUAUUCAAUGCAGAACAGUAGCACACAGUAGCAAGAUUUACAAAACAUUACAAAUAAUGUACUCUAGAGAACGAAAGAGGUCAGCACAGUGUAACAACACAUUUGAAAUUGAUGUAAAAUCCCUCUCAAAGUGACAACUUCCUGUGCUUCACAAGGAACUUAGAAAUGUUCUCUGUGCAAAUGAGAGAUGCCCUGUGAAAAUGCCGCCGUUUGGAGCGGCACUCGUUUCAGUAGCACAGCUAUUAUUUUCUACAAGUCAUUUAUACUGGUUCAAAUCCACUGCAGAUGUUAAGUGGGGACUUAAAAAGACAUUACAGUCUUGCAUGAUAUCAUUACAGUUAGUUUCUUUCAAUAUAUUAAAACUUGUGUCCAUUUUUAAUCAAUUUAUUUUAAUGAAAUAAAAAUAUGUAAUUACUAAUGUG